AUGCCCGUGAUGAAGGGCCUCCUUGCCCCACAAAACACCUUCUUGGACACCAUUGCAAACCACUUUGAUGGCACACACAGUAAUUUCUUACUGGGAAAUGCUCAGGGUCGCUACGGCUACCCCAUUGUGUACUGUUCUGAUGGAUUUUGUGAGCUGACCGGCUUCACUCGGACUGAGGUGAUGCAGAAAACAUGCACCUGCAGUUUCCUUCACGGGGCAGAGACCAGUGAAAGUUUGAUUCAGCAAGUAGACAAAGCUCUGGAAGGCCAACAGGAGUACCAAGGAGAAGUCUGCUUUUAUAGGAAAAAUGGGAAUCAGUUUUGGUGCUUUUUGGAUAUUGUGCCAAUUAAAAACGAGAAAGGUGAGGUGGUGCUGUUCCUGUUAUCCUUCAAAGACAUCAGUGAAUCACAUGGGAAAAGCCAUCACUACAUUCCUGGAGACGCAGCUAUGUCAGAAGCAUCUCACCAGGACAGGAAAACCAAACGAUCCCACUUUUCCCAAGCUCGAGACAGGGGGAGGACUAUCCUACACCACCUGACCAAUCUGUUCUCCAAGAGGAGCAAUAGGAAGCUAACCAAUACUGUGUUUCAGAAACCGUCUAUGCCUGAGUACAAGGUUGCAGCUGUAAAGAAGUCACGAUUCAUCCUGCUUCACUACAGCAUCUCUAAGGCCUUGUGGGACUGGCUUAUUUUACUGGCGACCUUCUAUGUUGCUGUCACUGUUCCUUACGACGUCUGCUUUGUCAGUCACGAUGAGGACAGCGACCAUCAUUCACUUGUCAGCCACAGCACUAUAGACAGUGACAUAGCAGUGGAGAUGCUCUUCAUACUUGAUAUUAUCCUGAAUUUCCGAACCACCUAUGUGAGUCAGUCAGGUCAGGUGGUGUACGAUGCCCGCUCCAUCUACCUCCAUUACUGCACCACCUGGUUCUUUGUUGAUCUGAUUGCAGCUUUGCCCUUCGACCUUCUCUAUGCUUUCAACAUCACAGUGACCUCACUGGUGCACUUGUUGAAGACAGUUCGCCUGCUGCGCCUACUGCGCCUGUUACAAAAACUGGAUCGCUACUCCCAGUACAGUGCUGUGGUUCUGACCCUGCUGAUGUCUGUUUUUGCUCUGCUGGCUCACUGGAUGGCUUGCGUCUGGUACGUCAUUGGACGCAAGGAGAUAGAAAGCAGUGACCCUGUUACCUGGGACAUAGGCUGGCUUCAGGAGUUGGGAAAGCGUCUGGAAACACCUUACAUCAACAGUACCAUGGGUGGUCCCUCCAUGCCUAGCGCCUAUAUCGCCUCGCUCUACUUCACGCUCAGCAGCCUCACCAGUGUUGGUUUUGGCAAUGUGUGUGCCAAUACAGAUGCAGAGAAAAUCUUCUCCAUCUGCAUUAUGCUGAUGGGCGCCCUGAUGCACGCAGUGGUCUUUGGCAACGUGACAGCCAUCAUCCAGCGCAUGUACUCACGACGCUCACUCUACCACACCCGGAUGAAGGACCUAAAAGACUUUAUCCGUGUGCACCGGCUACCUCAACAGCUGAAGCAGAGGAUGCUGGAGUACUUCCAGGCCACAUGGUCUGUCAACAAUGGCAUCAAUGCCAAUGAGCUGCUGCACGACUUCCCAGAUGAACUGCGAGCUGACAUUGCCAUGCAUCUGAACAAAGACAUCCUGCAGUUGCCUGUAUUUGAGCGAGCAAGCAGAGGGUGUCUGCGCUCCCUGUCCCUGCACAUCAAGACCUCCUUCUGUGCACCAGGGGAAUAUCUGAUUCGGCACGGAGAUGCUCUACAAGCCAAUUAUUUUGUCUGCUCAGGUUCACUGGAGGUUCUGAAAGAUGGCAUGGUUCUGGCAAUCCUAGGCAAAGGGGACCUUAUAGGGGCUGACCUCCCAGAACAUGACCAGGUGAUCAAGACUAAUGCAGAUGUGAAGGCGCUAACCUACUGUGACUUGCAAUACAUCAGCGUUAAAGCUUUGAGGGAGGUCCUGCGGCUGUACCCAGAGUAUGGCAGCCGGUUCAGCUCUGACAUCCACCACAACCUUACCUACAACUUGAGAGAAGGCAGUGAAGUUGAUGGAUUAACAAGGUUUCCAUGGUCCCCCAGGCAGUCACAGGGCCAAGUUUCUUUGGACCAUAAACUACCCUAUAUAAUUGAGGCAGAUGACACAGAACAUGGAGAAGACAUGAGGCACUCUCAGGGGAAGAGAGUGCCAUUGUUACAUGGAGUGGGCAGCCCUGUGCGUCAGAGCUGCCUCAGCACCCUCUUAGGAGAGGAACUCCGCCACAUUAACGCGCUGCAUCUCUGUCGGUCACCUGUUCAGGGGGGGAGAGGCCAAAUCCCCUCUUCUCAGCCAUUUGCCAAUGAGGAACUCACUCGAUCUCCAUUGCCCAGCUUUAACAAUGACCCUGGCUCGACCCAUCGACCAGCCAAGCUACUGAUGCCAUCCUUGCCUUGUGUUAGUCCACUGAGCCUUAGCCCCAGGGUCGUGGAUGGAAUUGAGGACAAUGGUCACGCAUUUCAAUUUAAUGUAGAGCAGAGUGAGGCAAAGACUAAUGUAACAGACCGGCUCCAGGUGAGUGCAAACCUGCUUCUGGAGACUGAAGAAGUGAGACAGAACAUCAGCAAACUGAACAAAGAGGUGAACAACCUAAAUCAAGAAGUAUCCAACCUGGCCAAGGAGCUCCAUGGCAUAAUGCAUGUCCUACAGUCCCAUAUGGCCAUGCUCCAUUAUACUCCUCCAGCCUCCACAUUUUCCUAUGGCAUACCGAUAGUCCCCAGUCCCAGUGUAACUGCUUCCAGUGACUGGCAGUCCCAUGUCCCAUUAAAUAUAGCCACUGGACAACACCUCCAUCAUGAAGCAAUUAGUCACCCUGCCAGAAAUGCGUGGGGCUGCAGUGGGAUGCCCUCCCAGGCCAGAAGUCCCACCAUACUACAUUCCUCUACCCCUUUGUCAUCCUGUUUACACCUGUGCUGUGCUGAUAGAGAAGGGGCCACAGCUCACAGGUUACAGAGUCAGUGCGGCCCCUUCCAAGCCUCUAGAGCAACUCCAAGCUCCCCUUACAUGACCCAAUCCCGUGCCCAAGGAGGUCCAUCACUCCUGGGCCUCAGUACUGCCUUCAGUAGCUUUCCAGUUCCAGUUCCCUACAAUGCCUCUAUUCCAACGAUGAGCAACUCUCACCCCUUGUGUUCCCCAGUAAAUUACUCCCACCCUUCUUUGAGUGUUCAAACCAACUCUGAUCCCACACACAAUCAGACCAACUCCCACACACCCAUCCAUUCCUCUGUCACUCCCACUGGCCAACCACAGCUUCACACUGUGUUCAGCUCUCUCACCCCUUUAGGAGUCCAGACCUCAAUGUGCACAGGGCACAACCAUAGCCAACAGGGCUCUGUCAGUGGCCCCAGGCCAAAUGACCCAACUGGGUCCAGUCCCAUUCACCACACAUUGCUGGGGCAGGCUUGA